GUUCCUAAUGAUGCCAGCAAAACUGCAAACAGCAAAAAUAAGGAGUUGGUGAAGCAUCCAGCCUUCAGGCAGAUAUCAGCCAUCAAUGGAGAAAUCAACAGAAUGUCUGUAAAACAUCUGAAAAUUGAGUUGGAGAGACUCAGUUUUGAUGGACGAGGCUGCAAAGAUGUGUUGAGGAAACGACUGAAAGCUUACGAGAGAAGUCGAAUCUUGUCUGAAGCCUGCAUUGAAGAUCCUAACAUGGGACAUCAGCACUACACUCACAUUGUAGUUAUAGACUUUGAAGCUACUUGUGAGGAACAUCAAACUAAAGACUACAUACAUGAGAUCAUCGAGUUUCCUGCUGUGCUCAUACGUGUGUCUGAUGCUGCUCGAGUUGGUGAAUUUCACAGCCUUGUGAGGCCAGUCCUCAACCCAACCCUUUCUGAUUUUUGUCGUCAGCUGACUGGCAUUGAACAGAGUGAUGUUGAUGCAGCUCCCACAUUUCCUGAGGUACUGAACAGCUUUGAAAGCUGGCUUACACAACAAGGAGUUGGUGCGAUGCCCACUCGCGACUUUAGACACGGCGGCCAUGGCAGUUCUGGUUCUUCUGAGUCUGGUGAUGUGGCUGCGCCAAGAGCUCAAACAAGUCCCACACGCAUCGAAGCGCUACACUCUGAAGCUCUGGGCAAGUUUUCUGUCGUCACAGAUGGGCCCUGGGAUAUGGCUCGGUUUUUGCUAAUGCAGUGUUCUGUAUCUGAACUACCGUUCCCCAGCUGGGCACGGUCUUGGAUAAAUCUACGAAAAGUCUUCAGUAAUUUCUACAUUACAAAGCGGCUGUGUCUGUCGGAGAUGCUCACGGCGCUGGGUAUAGAGUUCGUGGGUCGCCCACACUGCGGACUGGACGACGCUCGUAACAUCGCCGCCAUCGCCGAGGUUCUCCUCAGGGACGGCGCAUUGCCGCGCGUCAACGAGACCAUCGCCCAUCUCCCUCACUCCAUGCCGCCCUCAUUCAAGGGCAGCAGCGUCGCAAACGUAACCCUGAAAGAUUUCAAAAGCUCCCAGCGCCGUCGGAACCGCAGCUCGUGUCCGAGCUCUUCUGAUGUCCCCGAAGACGCUUCACCAGGCCUCCAAAAUUCUGACGGGGACGCAAUAAUGGAUGCCUUAAGCGCUGACGGUCCGGACUGCGGUGGUGUCGAUGUGUUGUGUGAUGAUAUCAGUGACUUAGCUGUUCGUACGGACGCCUCAUCACAUGCACUUACAAACGGAACCUCGCAUUGUGUUCAAAUGGAUGCAGGAAGACAAUUACCGAAUGAUAUUCAAGAUCUUCCUCACUAUGGUUCCUCUGGGCGCCAAGGUUCUGGAGAGUUGACCCAACCAGGUGCAUUUCCGAGAUAUGCUUCUGCCGACAGUUCGACAAUCGCAAUGAUUAACGACCAAUCUGGCUGUAAUCAAUUUCCGGUACUCGAGUCAAUUUCAAGCGAUCCAUCUUGUUUGCAAGAUACUUUGUCUGAAGAGAUGCAUUUUGAUGCUCAGGUUAUGACUUCUGUGGCUGCGAGUGAGUUACUGUUAGAACGUCCUCAACCUCAGUGUAAUAAUCCUUGCGAGCCAAUGCGAGGCUCCAGUAGCGUUCCCAAAAAGAAAUAUUAUGCGAAUGACUUGGGAAGUUACGUGGAAAUGAGUGAUCACAGAUACAUUCAUUACUCUCAGAUUAAUAACAGAAAUAAAUUUGUCGCCAAAAAAUUCCCUAACAAUGUUAAUCCACAUUCUGCCAUCGCUGAGUCAUCUUAUGUCGAGUGUGAGGCAGGUAAGCAGACUAGUGGACAACCUGCAGUGUCGAGCAAUAGCAGCAGGCGUGGCCGGAGAGUGAAUACACACAAACCGCCGACGUCUCAAGCAGUUGGCGUGGAAGCCAGGCAACCAGGCAAGAGACAGCCAUAUUCUAGGCGUGGAGGUGGGAUCAAAACUUCUUUUCACGGUGCACAUAAAAAUGUCACCGCACUCGAUGAUUGUAAAACAUACAAAAACGUUGAUUUUAAUGACUCUUCGCAGUUUCCGGAGUUAGGCCCCCUCAAACGUAGCUACAAAUAGCGGCGCUCUUGGCUUAAAGUAUUACUUAGGAAUAAUUACUCAAUUAUAAACUCAUUAAGAUGAAUUGUACUUCGUUUCGUUCGCUCUGCAGGGGCGCUGUCGUUGACAUCCAAUGUGUCGUCAUUGUAUGUCAAAUUUUUGUAUUCUAUGUUAUAUGAUGAACAAUUAUAUUGUAUAACGCUGA